AUGGUCCUCACCCUUGGAGACGUUAUUGAUGGCAACUCUCUUCUCAAAGACACAUUGGCUCUGCCGGAAGACAACCCUUUGCGCAAGUGGCAGGUCACCGACGUCGUUCUCAUCGACAAGGACCCGUUCCAGCGCGCUGUGCUGGCCGAGCUACCCCCGGACCGUGCUGCGACCCAACGACGACUGGCUGCUCUCAGUCUUCUUCAACGGUUGCUGGAGCAGGAGGUGGGUGCACCCAGAACUCUGAUUGCUCAGCCGCGAGAGUUCGAUACUCGCUUCAUGGGCGUCGUGAACGGCGUACUCGCCCUCAAGGAUGGCGCUGUCGUUUCGACUUGCUAUGGCAAGAGCAAGUUCUCUGACGCCCUUACUACCAUGGAUGGCUUGAAAACAUAUCUCCAAGACCGUCUCGGCGACCUCUCUCUCUUGCAAGUCACGACGCUUGAUCUCUCCGGGAACGAGCUGCUGAAUGAGGACCUGCCAUACGUGUGCGAUGUUGUCAAUGCACUCCAGUGCCCAGUCGUCAAGUUGCGCUCAAAUCGGUUUGGUAUGGGUCAGCCAAGCACGGAACUCAACUCGCCUGUCCAUUACCUCGCUUCGAUGGCAGCGUCAGCGUAUGUUCGGUUUGUGGACAUCGUUGGCAACUACGUCGUUGGUGUUGAGUGGGCACCAGCGUAUCAGAGGUUUGCGAACCCGACAACCUGGCACAAGUUGGUCUACAUCCCGCUUGUCUGGCUGAAAGGUCAUGAUUGGACCAAGCCGGACAUCUGCGGUCAGUAUGUUACAGCCGCCAAGGACUGCCACGAGGAUUUUUAUUGGGCCAAUCUGAGCGAUCCCGUCUUUUCACGUUCCGAUCCGCUGCCGGCCCUCAAUUAA